AUGCCAGAUGCGUCUCCACAAGGAGACCAUAUCCUAAGCAAGCACGGGUGGGUUUGUGGGGAAAUUCGUGGGGUGCCAGCCCUUUGUUCAUUUGGGGCUGUUACAUACCGUUGUCUAGAGAAAACGAUCCGUCCCUGUGCUGGAGCUGAAGAAGCCUUAGCCUGUUACGUGCUUUCCAGAAACUUUUGGGUCUUGAUGAGGGGGGCGCCUGCAGUGGCGCUCCCCGGCAAAGCAGGAGCUGCGAAGACUCUGGGAGAUGUUUACCGCAGCCAGCUAAGCAGAGCCAUUAGCGCACGGUUUCCUCAACUGGUGUUGCAGCAGACUCUCUUCACUGCGCACAAGUUUGCCUUGACAGAGAAGUGGGAAUCAAGUGGCAGAAACAUGGGGAAAUUCCUGGAGGGUCUGGCUGAUGAAGGCAUGAAGGUUCCUGUCAUGGCGAGAGCCUGGAGAAUUCUUUGUGUUUAUCUCCAUAAUGAAUGUAGUACUUUACCUUCCUACCAGGAUAGGACUUCUGAAAACUUUGUGAUGAGAAUUUUUCUGUUCUCCCAGAUUACAGUGGGAAUGCUUGGUAAUUCCUUAAUACUAUUUUAUUAUGUCCUUUUGAUAGUUAAUAGAAAGCAUUUAAUGCCCAAAGACCUGAUUAUAGAGCACUUGACUUUUGCCAACUGCUUGUCUCUCAUGUCAAGAGGCAUUCCACAGGCAAUGUCAGAUUAUGGAUAUAAAGAUUUCCUGGAUGACAUUGGAUGUAAGUUGGUGAUGUAUAUUUACCGAGUAACAAGGGGGAUGUCCCUGUAUGCCAUGUGCCUACUGAGUUGCUUCCAAGCAAUCACAAUCAGCCCCAGGAAUUCCGGGUGGAUGAAGCUUAAACACAGAACCACAAAGCACAUUGGUCCCUCCUGCUCACUCGGCUGGCUUGCGCAACUUCUUCUAAACAUGCUGACCCCAGCAAGAGUGUCAGGCCCUCGUUACAACAAGAACGGAACCAACAGGAUGAGCUAUGGAUACUGCUCCUGGUUUGCUUCGGGCAAUUUAGCAACUGCACUUUAUAUGUUUUUACUAUGCUUCUCCGAUGGUGUGUGUCUGGGUCUCAUGGCCUUCUCAAGUGUCUGUAUGGUGACUGUUCUCUACAGACAUAACAGACAAGUCAGGCAUAUUCACAGUGCUCAACACUUUCUAAAAGUGUCACCUGAAGGCAGAGCUACACAAACUGUCCUCAUCAUGGUGUGCAUGUUCUGUGUCUCUUAUUCAUUCUCUUCCAUUUUGGUCAUCUUUACAACAUACUUCAAGGAUCCAGUGCUACGGGGAGUAAGUGUACGUACAUUUCUAGAAAUGUGCUUUCCCAUAUAUUGCCCCUUUGUUCUCAUCAGCCAUAUGAAGUCUCUUCCCAGCCUGUUUUUACCCUGUUUUGGUAGAAGGCAGCUUUCUCCAAGAAAUCAGGACCAAGAUGUUCAGAAAUUACUUUCAGACCCUUGUGGAGAUGCUAUCGUCAUGAGUCUACAGCUGAGUUUAAAGUCGCCUGUCUUUUGGGAAAGAACACAGGGAGAUCAGGAACCUUUAAGUGAGGGAGACAGCCCCACAACGGUUUCAGCAGAGAGUCACUUCUCAUGGCUACAGCCACCACAAUUGUGUCAUUGA